AUGUCGAUCGCUGAGGCGGCUUAUCGAUUCGAUUCUGGGCACUCCUGCAUGGACGCAGCCCCGCCCGCCCGCCGUUCGUGGCGGGUGCGGACGAGGCCGGGGACGACGAGCUGGCUUGAGCCUCGGAGGCUUGCGCAGAUCUCUUGGGUCCGCGCAGGCGCCGCCCCAGGUGAAGUCGAACAGACUGUCCCCAUCGCACCUGCGACGAACGCGUGGCUGUUGCACAAGUCUGCCGAGGAGUCUGCAAGUGACGUGGACGAGGAGUGCCACUCAACAGCAGCGGCCCCAUCGGCGCCUCUGGGGCCAGGCGCGGCCGCCGGCGCUGCCGCGGGCGGAUCGCCGAGCGCCGCGGCCACGGGCGGUGCCGCGCUGGGCGCGGCAGCGGUAGCACGCAGCGGGCGCGGCCGCUGGAAGCUACUGCGGCCCCCUCCCCGCGGCGCCACUCCGCGAGCCGCGCCGCCGCCGCCGCGGCGGGGAGGGGGCCUUGCCCGCGGUGGGCCGAGCGGGCGCCGAAGGCUCCAGCAGCGAGAGCCGAGGCACGCCGUGACGGGCGCGCCGCCCGAGCAGCGCGCGCCCUCGCCCCCGCCGCCGCGGAGUUGCCGGAUGUGGCGCGCUCUGCCGGAGGGGUCCGCCGACGCUCUUUCCGUCUAUUGGCGCGAGUCCCCUUUCGUGUGCGAGCGAGGCAUCUCCCGCUAA